AUGGCAGACCAAUUCGACAGUGCGCUCGACCUCCUCCGACGCCUAAACCCAAAGAACACGGCCACCAACCUCUCGGCCAUCUGCAGUCUGGUCCCCGAACACGAGGAAGAACUGCUCGCCUCGGUCGACCAACCUCUCGAAGUCCGCCGCUGCAAAAAGUCCGGCCGCGACUACCUGCUCUGCGACUACAACCGCGAUGGCGACAGCUACCGCAGCCCCUGGAGCAACGAGUUCGACCCUCCCGUCGACGACGCAGAGAUGAGCUCCGAGCGCGUGCGCCGCCUCGAAGUCCGCGCAAACGAAGCCUUUGACGUCUACCGCGAGCUACCAUUUGGGGGAAACACAGANUACUACGAAGGCGGCACUUCCUCCGUCUACCUCUGGAACCUAGACGAUGGCUUUGCUGGCGUCGUGCUGCUCAAGAAGUCUUCAUCUCAGACCGCUGCGUCGGGUGCUUGGGACAGCAUCCACGUUCUCGAGGUCGCCGAGCGCGGCCGCACCGCAAAGUACAAGCUCACAUCCACCGUCAUCUUGAAUCUCGGCACCAAGGGCGAUGCUCUGGGCAGCCUCGAUCUCGCUGGCAACAUGACCAGACAGGUGGAAGCAGACAUGCCCGUCGAUGCUGACGAGACCCAUGUCGCCAACAUCGGCAAGCUCGUCGAGGACAUGGAGCUCAAGAUGCGCAACUUGCUGCAGGAAGUCUACUUUGGCAAGGCCAAGGAUGUUGUUGGCGAUCUAAGAAGCAUACCGCCGCUCUCAGAGGCCAACCGCGACAGAGCAGCCCAGCGUGAAAUGAUCAGCAGCAUGGGCCGAUAG